AUGACGAAGUUAAAGAUUCAAGAACUUCGUGGCAAGAAGAAGGAGGACCUCAUGAAGCUGCUCUCAGAGCAGAGCUCCGAAUUAGCUUCACUUAGGGUAGCGAAGGUUACUGGUGGUGCGCCAGCAAAGUUGUGCAAGAUCAAGAUUGUAAAGAAAAACAUUGCUCGUGUUCACACAAUUAUCCAUCAGACUCAGAAGCAGGAACUCCGUAAACUGUAUGCGAAAGCACAACACAAGCCGAUUGAUCUUCGCAAGAAGAAGACUCGUGCUAUCCGCCGAAGGUUGACUGCUCACGAACAAAGCCUCCGAACUGCCAAACAGCUGAAGAAACAGAGAGCAUUCCCUAUGCGCAAGUAUGCUGUUAAGGCCUAA